AUGUCCCUGUCGGAGGGCUCCCUGAAGCCCAGCGACCUACUGGCCCAGUUCAAGCAGACGGGGCCCCAGACCAGAGCUCACAUCAGGGCAGCGGAGGUGCUGGACAACACCGUGGAGCUCAUCAGGGAAAUGGUCUACACACACACCAUGGCCAUGCCCAACCUCACCGGUACUGCUUCAGGCUGCUCCUCAGAGAUGCAGAGACCCCUAUGUGAGACUGACUGUCUGUCUGACCGUUAUCGCUCAUUCACAGGACAGUGUAAUAACAGACAAUACCCUUUAUGGGGGGCUGCCAACACCCCUUACAAGCGCUGGCUCCCCCCCGAGUAUGAGGACACCCACGGAGCCCCCAGAGGCUGGGACCCCGAGCGCAUCUACCACAACUACACCUUGCCCCCCAACUGCGUGCUGUACACCCACAAUGAGAACAUCUCCAUGGACUCAUCCCUGUCUCACCUGCUGGUGGAGUGGGGUCAGUGGAUCGACCACGACCUGGCUCUGACCCCGCAGACCCCCAGCACGGCCGCCUUCAGGACAGGUGAGGACUGCAGCAGGACCUGCAGCCGAGACUCGCCAUGCUUUCCCAUAGAGAUCCCUCUCUCCGACCCCCGCACCGGGAUCCAGAGCUGCAUGCCAUUCUUCCGUUCGGCUCCCAGCUGCGUUGGGGCUGGGGCUUUGCCAUCAAGCCGCCACAGAGAGCAGCUGAAUGGCAUCACCUCAUUCGUCGACGCCAGCAUGGUGUACGGUAGCUCCGACCAAUCAGCCGCUGACCUCCGAAACCUGUCCUCCCCUCUCGGCCUACUGGCCCUCAACCCCCAUCAAUCAGACCAGGGGCUCGCCUUAAUGCCCUUCCUGCCCAGGAAGCAGGCUCACCUGGACCCCUGUGGCCCUCGCACUGGGCGUAACGCCACGGAGGCAGAGACGCCGCCAGGCCAGGAGAACAUGACCUCCUGUUUCCAGGCAGGCGACUCGCGGGCGAAUGAGCACCUGGGCAUGAUCGCCCUGCACGCGCUGUUCUUACGGGAGCACAACCGUCUGGCCCGCGAGCUGAAGCAGCUCAACCCCCACUGGGCCCCAGACACACUCUACCAGGAGGCCCGCAAGAUCAUGGGGGCCGUCCACCAGAUUCUGACAUGGGAGCACUAUUUACCCCGUGUGUUGGGGGAGGAGGUCACCUCUGAGCUGAUCCCUGCGUACGAGGGCUACGUACCCCAGGUCGACCCCAGCAUUGCUAACGUCUUUGCGGCCGCGGCGUUCCGCUUCGCCCACGUGACGGUGCAGCCGGUGGUUCCCCGGCUCGGCCCAGGGUACCGGCCCAGCCCCCGGCACCCCACGCUGCCCCUCCACCACUCCCUCUUCGCCUCCUGGAGGGUCAUCCACGAGGGAGGCAUUGACCCCGUGUUGCGAGGUUUGCUGCUGUCCCCGGCAAAGCUGCAGGUCUCAGAUCAGAUGAUGGUGGAGGAGCUGACAGAGAGGCUCUUCCAGGCUCAGGGAGGGCUUCCCUUCGACCUGGGGGCCCUCAACCUGCAGAGGGGCAGAGACCACGGCCUACCUGGCUACAGCGCGUGGAGGAGGCUCUGUGGCCUGUCUGACCCCGGCUCUGAGUCUGAGCUGGCAGGCAUCAUGGGUAAUCCGACCCUGGCUCAGAAACUGCUGGCUCUGUACGGCACCCCCCAGAACAUGGACGUGUGGGUGGGGGCCAUCUCGGAGCCUCCCCUGCCCGGGGGCCGCGUGGGGCCCCUCCUGGCGUGUCUGCUGGCCAAACAGUUCAGGGAUCUCAGAGACGGAGACAGGUUCUGGUGGCAGAGAGAGGGGAUGUUCAGCGGGGCCCAGCGGACGGCGCUGCACGGGGUCUCCCUCUCCCGCAUCAUCUGCGACAACACACACAUCCGGCUGGUGCCGCCAGACCCGUUUACACGCACGCUCCACACAGAGGACCUGCUGCCCUGUGCCCACCCCCUCAUACCCCAGCUCAACCUCAGCGCGUGGAGAGAGCCCGACACAGAUCCCUUGUGCGGCUUCAUCCCCCGUGUCCACCCCGGUUACUGGCAGCUCUGUGACAACACCGUGCUGUACCAGUGUCCCGUCGGCUUCAUCCUUGUUGGCCCCUCCCAAAUCAGGUGUGACACACACACCCAGCAGUGGACACCAGCGCCCCCUACCUGCCAAGACGUGGACGAGUGUGCGUUUAGUCCCUCAGUCUGUCCCCAGAACACAGAGUGCCACAACACACCUGGCUCUUUUACCUGCGCAGAGCCUGCCCUUGCAUCUCCAUCUGCGUCUUCAGUGGCGGCGGCAGUCGGGGUGGUGGUGGGUGGAGUGGCUGUGAUGCUGCUCAUACUGGUGUGUUACAGGAGGUUUUUCCCCAUGAAAAUCGAGCUCCUGCAGAGGAGCCGCUGCUGUCAGAGGAAGAGAUAA